AUGAGUCCCCUGCCCGGGGGCAACGGCAGCGCCUGGGGGGCAGCGGCAGCGCUGGGCAAUUGCAGCGGGGCCGGGAGCCUGGGCCGGCAGUGGGUGGUGGGAGCCGCCCUCAGCCUCACCGUGCUGGUCAUCGUGGCCGGCAACUUGCUGGUGAUCGUGGCCAUCGCCAAGACGCCACGGCUGCAGACCAUGACCAACGUCUUCAUCACCUCGCUGGCUUGCGCUGACCUCAUCAUGGGCUUGCUGGUGGUGCCGCCGGGGGCCACCAUCCUGCUGAGCGGCCACUGGCCCUAUGGCACCGUGGUGUGCGAGCUGUGGACCUCGCUGGAUGUGCUGUGUGUCACGGCCAGCAUCGAGACGCUGUGCGCCAUCGCCGUGGACCGCUACCUGGCCAUCACGUCACCGCUGCAGUACAAGGCGCUGGUGACCAAGGGCAGGGCGCGGGCCGUGGUGUGUCUGGUCUGGGCCAUCUCCGCCUUCAUCUCCUUCCUGCCCAUCAUGAAUCACUGGUGGCGGGACGGGGGGGACGAGCAGGCCGUGCGCUGCUAUGACGACCCGCGCUGCUGUGACUUUGUCACCAACAUGACCUACGGCAUCAUCUCCUCCACCAUCUCCUUCUAUGUGCCCCUGCUCGUCAUGAUCUUUGUCUACGUCCGCGUCUUCACUGUGGCCACGCGGCACAUCCAGCUCAUUGGCAAGGACAAGGUGAGGUUCCUGCAGGAGCCCCACAGCUCCAGGAGCAGCCGGCGCAGGCGGCCAUCCCGUCUGCUGGCCAUCAAGGAGCACAAGGCGCUCAAGACCUUGGGCAUCAUCAUAGGCAUCUUCACUCUCUGCUGGCUGCCCUUCUUUGUGGCCAACAUCAUCAAGGUCUUCUGCCGGUCGCUGGUGCCGGAUCAGCUCUUCCUCUUCCUCAACUGGCUGGGCUACAUCAACUCAGCCUUCAACCCCAUCAUCUACUGCCGCAGCCCCGACUUCAGGAGCGCCUUCCGCAAGCUGCUGUGCUGUCCGCGCCGCGCCGACCGCCGGCUCCAUGUGCUCCCGCGGGACCUGCAGCGCUGCCCCUGCGCCUUCAGCCCCCGGGGAGGACCUGCGCAGGACAGCAAGGCCACAGCCCCCGGCGGCCCCGGGGAGGACGGCGAGGCUCGGGGCAGCCGGACGCAGGAGACCAGCCUGUCGCAGGGCGGUGGCCACCGGCAGCAUCCCCUGGGCGAGUUCCGGAUGCAGGGCACCCAGACCACGCUGUGCUCGCAGCUUGACGAGUUUGCCAGCAGAGAGAUGCCAGCGGGUCCUUCCAUCUGACAGCGAGCAGCCGUGAUUUGGGAAGAGAGUGAGUGGCUGGGCGUUGCCAAGGGGACAGAGGCUCGGCGCUGGGGGUGACGGCGCUGGAAGGACCCUCUGGUGCGUGCACCGACCUGGAGAGGAGGGAGCGAUCCCUCGGGAGCGCUGGCGGUCACAGCGGGGCCGAGGAGGCGGCUCCUCCGAGCUGUCAGUGCUGGAGAGCUGGAGCCAGCCAGGAAAAAGCCAAGAGGCAGCGCAGCCUUGGGGGCGUCCCUGCGGUCCCCAUGAGGACAGGGGAUGAGCUCCCCCCCGGGGGUGCUUUCUGGCAGGUCUGGCAUCAGGACGUGGUGUCCAGCAGCUCUGCUCUCCCAAAGGACCCGUUGUCCUGGGCUCGGCCGGGUUUUGGGCAGCCCGUCAGGAAGGGGAGAAGAGGCUCCUGCGGGCACCGAGCCCUUUUCGGGAUCUCGGCUCCAUCCCUGCCCCAGCGCGGUGUUCCCAGGGCUGUUGCGAUCCCGGGAGCCGCAGCGAUUCCUUCAGCAAAGGAAAAGCGCAGGGGAGCUCUGGGCAGGGGACACUGGGCAAAAAAUGCCAACGAUGCUCUUAUCAAAUCUCCUCCCGUUUCUCCCCCUCCGUUCAGGGCAGAUGUUGCUGUUUCCGUGCAGUUCGGGGCUGGGGCAGCAGCAGCGUGGGCAGGUGGGCAGAGCGUUGCAGGAGGGUGGUUUUCACCCCACGGCCCCUGCUCUGGGUACAUGGGGCAGCGGGGUGAGGGCAGGGGGGGAUUUGCAUCAGCUGUAAACCCCAUUUCUGUUGCCAGCGUGGGGCCAGCCCUGCUCCCCCGCGCACGUUGCUCCGGGUGAGUAGACGGGCUGUGCGACUUUUGGGGAUGAUGUUGGUUGUAAAUAUGUCACAGUGACUGUAAAGUUUUUGUCCUGUUUUGUCUCCCCACACCCUUUAUGUGAAAUAAACCUUGGAAACCCUGCAA